CAUGCGCAGUCUGUAACAUCCGGGGUUCGGACAAGGAUGAACGCCAAUUUCCAAGAUGGCGGCGGAGGGAGGAGGGAAGGAGAUGAACGAAAUUAAAACUCAAUUCACCACACGAGAAGGUGUCUACAAACUCCUCACUCACUCCGAAUACAGCCGCCCGAACAGGGUGCCUUUCAACUCGCAGGGCUCCAAUCCCGUCAAGGUCUCCUUCGUCAAUGUAAACGACCAGUCCGGCAACGGCGACAGGAUCUGUUUCAAUGUGGGCCGGGAACUCUACUUUUAUAUCUACAAAGGCGUGAGAAAGGCUGCUGAUCUCAGUAAGCCAAUAGACAAGAGGAUAUACAAAGGAACGCAGCCCACGUGCCAUGACUUCAACCCCAUCACGGCUACGGCGGAGAGCGUCUCCCUGCUGGUGGGCUUCUCCGCCGGCCAGGUGCAGCUCAUCGACCCGAUAAAGAAGGAGACGAGCAAACUGUUCAACGAGGAGAGACUCAUAGACAAGUCCCGAGUGACGUGUGUGCGAUGGGUCCCGGGCUCGGAGAGCUUGUUCCUGGUCGCUCACUCCAGUGGCAGCAUGUAUCUGUACAACGUGGAGAACACCUGCGGCACCACGGCGCCUCACUACCAGCUGCUGAAGCAGGGGGAAAACUACGCCGUGCACACCUGCAAGAGCAAGUCGGCCCGCAACCCGCUGCUGCGCUGGACGGUGGGCGAAGGGGCGCUCAAUGAGUUCGCCUUCUCGCCGGACGGCAAGUUUCUGGCGUCUGCGAGCCAGGACGGCUUCCUGCGGGUGUUCGGCUUCGACGCGGCCGAGCUCCACGGGACGAUGAAGAGCUACUUCGGCGGGCUGCUGUGCGUGUGCUGGAGCCCGGACGGGCGGUACAUCGUGGCGGGCGGGGAGGACGACCUGGUGACGGUCUGGUCCUUCUCCGACUGCCGGGUGAUCGCGCGGGGCCACGGCCACAAGUCGUGGGUGAGCGUGGUGGCGUUCGACCACUGCACCACCAGCGUGGAGGACGGCGACCCCCCCGCCGAGUUCAGCGGCAGCGACGAGGAAUUCCACGAGCAGAUUCACUUCGGCGCGGGCCGGGACAGAGCGAACAGCGCGCACUCGCGGCUCUCCAAGAGGAACUCCACGGACAGCAGGCCCGUCAGCGUGACCUACAGGUUCGGCUCGGUGGGCCAGGACACCCAGCUGUGUCUGUGGGACCUGACGGAGGACAUUCUUUUCCCUCACCUCCCUUUGUCCCGCACUAGGACUCACACUAAUGUCAUGAGUGCCACGAGCCCUCCAGCCACCGGACAAACUACUGCUACUAAUACGACGACAACGACCACGACUUUGACUACUACUGCUGCGACCGCUGCCGUGCUCGCCACUAAUCCCGGUGGCGCCACUGUUAAAGACAAUACGAGCGCCAGCAGCAACCCGCCCAACUCCCUCCCCAGCGCCCUGCCUCGGUCCAACAGCUUGCCACACUCCUCCAACCCAACAGGGGGCAGCACCCCCAACAGCCACACAGGCAGCAACAGCAGCCCCACUACCAACGCCGCCGCCACCCCCACCCCCACCCCCAUCGCGUUCAUCGCCACCGGCGUCAGCAAGUUCGCGACUCUGUCGCUGCACGAGUCGCGCAAGGAGCGCCACGAGAAGGACCACAAGCGCAACCACAGCAUGGGUCACAUCAGCAGCAAGAGCAGCGACAAGCUCAACCAGCUGAGCUCCACGCGGACGGCGAAGGCCGAGGCCGCCAAGACUCUGGGCACCACGCUGUGCCCGCGCAUGGAGGACGUGCCGCUGCUCGAGCCGCUGGUGUGCAAGAAGAUCGCUCACGAGAGACUCACUGUGUUAAUCUUCCUUGAGGACUGUCUGGUAACAGCCUGUCAGGAGGGUUUCGUUUGCACAUGGGCUAGGCCCGGGAAAGUGGGUUUGCUAUCAUCUCAAAACAACCCGGGCAACUCCCCCAGUGGAACAGUAGUAUAGCCCCAGUGCUGGUGCUGCUAAUGACAGCUCCAUGCAACAGAGACGGGGACGACCGAGGCCACGGUCCUGCAGCGCUUCAGCACAUAGCUGUCACACACCACAUGACCUCCAGCGUCCCCGUCAUUCUCCUCGCGACAAGCAUCCAGACGCUCUCUCUCUCCCCCCCCCAUCCCCCCACCCCGCUUUCUGUGUUACUGCUCGUGCUCAGCCCAUGUUGGCUGGCCGUGAAAAAAGGGUGCUAUUGGAAGUAAGAUGGCAAGCUUUAAAUCACCCAGGAGGUAUUAUGGAGGGGCGGGGGGGGGGGGACUUGCUGGCUCAUCGUACCAUGUGUGGUCAUAUCAAGUCGUGUCUAGUCUGAAAAUAGCAAACUCUAGUACCCAACCCUUUGUGCCUGUAGAUCUCUAAUGACUAGACCUGCUGUAAGCAUUGUGCCGAUGCCUCAGCACUAACCUUUUUUUGUGUGGGUUUAAUUUGGAGAUUUCUCCUAUAUUUUGUUUCUUCAAAGGUAUUCACGUGGAAAGAAAAGGGGGGGGGGGGAUUGGAUUGUUUCGGAGCAGCAGCCACAACUCUUUCAUUUCUCACUUCCUGGGCGAUCUCUUGAGCAGCCCGAGUACUCGACGCCCGUUAAAGAGAAACGGAGCGUUUCACUUCCUUUGGAAAUGUUUUAAUCAUUAGAAUCACACUUUAAAGUGUAUUUGCACAAAUUUUUCUUUCCUUGUUGCUUUUGUUUUUCUCCAUUUUGAAAACGAAAAAAUUUCACGGCUGCGGCACACAGGCAAAAUAUUUUGAAGACUGCUUUGGAAGCACUUGUGGAAACGGCUUCCUGUUGCCCUCUGUCUCAACGCUGGAUGCUGCAAUCAUAGUUUUUUAUAUGGAAAAAAAAAUUGUUUGCACUUAGUAGUUUGUUAGAGGAGAAUGGCUUUACAUUUUUUGGAGUGUGUAAGGACUCCUUGACAAGGUUGAAAUAUAUAAAUAGAAUUUAAAAAGAAACCUUUGUAUCUAUUGAACAUUUAUUUUAAUAUUGUUUCCGAUUAAAUGGGCUCUGUAAUAUAUGUAAAUAUUGUACCACAAUGAUUUAUGGGUGAAAUGAUGAUCAUUAUUACAUUAGUUCAAAGAUCCUUAUUUCAGAAAAUAGUGAUAUUUCUAAUACAGAAGAUCUAUACCUAAUAUUAAAUGAACCUUGAAUAUGCAGGUGAACAUGUUUCUUUUGUUGUACAUAAAGAGAAUUCAGGUGUAUUUUUAUUAAUGAAACGUUUGGUAUAGGAGACAGCUAUGAAGUCCUCUUAAAUAACAGGGAGUGCUGAAUGCUGCAGAUAUUCCUUCUACAACGUAGGCAGGCAGGCGCAGGUGCAGCCGUCUAAUUCAGCCAUCACUCCGAGCUCAGGUAAACCACAGGAAGAAUUUACGCUGCCCCCCCCCCACCCACUCCCACCCUCCCCCCACCCACUACUUCCAUCCACCAACAUGUGUGUGAAAUUCACUGUAACAACUAAUAAGGCCGACGACCAUGUGCUGCAGACGGGGCUGCGAUCUGUUUGAGACUUUUUGUGAGUAAGUUACUGAAACCGAUGCCGAACAAACAUUUGACACUGUGUUAAAAAACAACAACCGACUGACGUCGGCACCCGAGGGCGUGCGUGCUUGAGUUUUUUUCUUUUUGUUCUUUAUUUCAAACACCCAAAUAGCAAGACUGAGGAUAUUAACAGUGGGAGCUUCCCCCCCCCCCAUGUGACGCCUAUUAAAACAGCUUUGACAGAUUA